UUUUUACAUAGUGAGUGCUACACAAUGAAGCUUCUGACACACAUCAUUACUACAGCUGUCCUAGUCCUAGGUGCGACAUGGGUAUCCGCUGAAAUUGAAUUCAAGUAUAAAUUUUUGCGUUUGGAAAGCAUGUUCGAGAUUGAAAUAUCAACAGAAAUCCAACCUCAGGACGCAGCCAGACGUUAUGUUGCAGUUGCCUUUGGUCCCAACGCACUCAUGCAAGAUGCUGAUGGUUAUUUCUGUACAAAUGCUCUUUUGAAAAGCUUUACAAUUAAAGAACUUCAAAUGGUACCCAUAGAAUUGCCGAAACUGAAUGGAGCAAUUUUGAAAACCGUUAGCGCAGAUGGAGGUAAAUUGAAAUGUACAUUUCUUCGACCAAUCAAAGUACAGAAAAGUAUAUCGAAUGACGUACUUUACGAUUUCGACUUCGAAAAGGAAACAUACCAUGUUCUAACUGCUACUGGGUACCUAGAUGCACAGGGCGGGAUGCAGUAUCACACUUUUAGAGCCGUAAACAUGGUAAAGACAGAUUUCGCAUCAGCCAUUUAUGCUGAAUACAGCAAGCCUGUUGAUCAAAGUGAAUGUUCAAAGAAUGGAAAAAAUUGUCUGGCGGUGCCUUCCCCUUGCACAACCAAUCAACCACACUGCAUGUUCUUUGCCAUACGUCAGGUUGGUGACCGAUUCGAAGUAGAAUUGAGCGGAGGGACCGGUAACGGUGGGUCUUAUAUGGCUGUUGCUUUUGCACCAGAAAAUAAGAUGCAUGAUGCUGAUUUAUAUUAUUGUACUGGAAAUGAACUAAGAUCUGCUGUUAUUAGAAAAAGAGAAGUCCGACCGGUGGACUUAAACGAUACGACCAUACAAGUCUUAAAGACAUCAUCUGAAAACGGAGUGGCACAAUGUGUAUUUUUCAGAAAAGCCUGCGUAACUAAAGAAAUAUCAGCUGGAAUCAGAAAUGAUUUUGACUUCCCGGGCGAAACAUACUUCAUACUUCUUGCUAUGGGAAAAAUGUCGCCAGAUGGAAAGAUGUUAUAUCAUGGGAAUGACACACGCCUGACAACUAGAGGAGCCUUGCCUCUUGGAAAUCCAGCAGGACUAGACUAUGAAUGCGAUGCCAUCGAUUUUGAAAAAGAAGUUGUUGAUUCUAGUACGUGCGCAACUUCAAAAAAUUGCGUCACUUUUCCAACCGGUUGUCAUCCGUCAUCUCCAGAUUGUUUGUUUUUCUCUUUUACUCAGGUUGGAAAUGACUUUGAAAUGGAAUUGAGUGGCGGAACUGGCAACGGCCAACAGUAUGUUGCAGUUGGAUUCGCGCCGACUGGUGAUAUGCAAGAUGCUGACGUAUACUAUUGUGACGGAAAUGAUGUCAGAUCCGCAGUUAUACGCAGGCUCUAUCAUCCUCCAACUACAUUGAUAAAGUCGGACUCCGUAAUCAAUGUGAUGGCUAAAACGACAAAUGGUAUUGGUCACUGUCGCUUCACCCGACCAGCUUGUGUCACAAAGCAAGUGUCAGAAAAUAGAAACUAUUCGUUCGAUUUAUUGACAAGUGGAUACCACUUUCUUUUAGCAAUGGGAAAUAAAAACGCAGAUGGCGGACUCUCCUACCACGAUAAGCAGAGGAGCGUGUUUAUGUCACCCGAUCCACUUGGUGUGGCUGAAGGAGAUUAUACAUGUGUUGAAGAUAUGAAGAAAGAUUAUGAAGUGUUUGACACUGCAAGUUGUAACGGGCUGAAGGAAUGUAUACGUUACCCAAGUGAUUGCUCUAUCUUAUCACCGAAUUGUGCCUUCUUUGCGUACGAGCAGACUGAAGAAUCGUUUACAAUGGAGUUGAGUGGUGGCAUUGGAAAUGGGCAACAAUACGUUUCGGUAACACUCGCUGAAUCCGACACACAAGACGAUGCAUUGGUUUUCUACUGCACAGGAGAAGAAAUGAAAACAGGAUACGUUGAAGACGAAAAAGUGUUUGAUGUUGAACAUUCGGGUAUCGAAACAAAACUGAGUUCAACUAUUGAUGGUGUAGGAAGAUGCGUAUUUAAAAUUCCUUCAUGUCUUGUAGCCAAUAACAGUAAAUCUAAUGAAACAUUUAACCUCAUGGAGAAAAAUUUUGCGGUGUUCGUUCAAUAUGGACAAUUAGAAGAAGACAAGCCGGUUUUAAAUGCCAGUGUUCCCUCUGUGAUUCGCGUACUGGGACAAAGGUUUGAAAGGGCAAAUUUCACUCAAUGCAUCGUGAUAAACAUCGGUUUCCAAUCUGGAUCUGGAGUAGAUGUUGCAUGUGCAAAUGUCUUCGUCAUCCUUGCUCUUCUUUUGAUUACAAGAAUCAUGUUGUGAAGCACGAUAAAAUGACCAAUACUUAGUUGAAUAUACUAAUAGAAAUAAAUUUGAAUCUGGAUUUAAUUGAAUAUGUGUGGACGCUAUUGUACGAAGGAACUCUGUCUGAAAAACUGGAUGCAAAACCUCAUAACAUUGUGCGCAUUUGUGACAUUUUAUUAAACCUUCUAUUUUAUACAAUAUACUAUAAUGUUUCUGUACAGAUAAAAUGUGUUAUUCCAUAUGCUUCAAAUAUGAUUUCUUCGUCAAUUUUUUCUUCUAGAAAAUUUCGUAUCAGAAAUUGCUAUUGUCAUAAACAAUAUAAAUGUACAAUCUUCAAUAAUUUUUUUCAAUUCUAUGAAUUAUGUUUAGGGCAUGCCAGGUUUCAUACAAAAUAAAUUUUAAACCGUUGAAGAAAUAUCACA